CGUUGCACCCAUGCAUUGCAGGGAUCAUCAUAUCUGGCGCCUGGGCCAUAUCAACGUCUGCUCUAACAGACCCCGUACUGGUACAUGAAAAACGCCGAACACGCGGCAAGUCAAGAUCCUCCUUGCGCCGCUGAAUCUCGUCUGCAGUCGAGUCAUCUCUGCAAUGUCGUCGUUUCCUGACAGAGGGCUACCUAGUAUUAGCACUGCGGCUUCGCAUCUCACAGAAACAUGCAAUGUCGUCGUUUUUGGAGAAACGGGCGCUGGCAAAAGCUCCUUGAUCAAUUUGGUCGCUGGGAGACAAACAGCGCGGAUAUCCUGCGACGCUAUGGGAUGUACAACUGAAACUGAUGUGUACGACGUUUUGAUUCAGAACGAGACCUUGAAGGUAAAGCUUUUCGAUACAGUCGGUCUCGGUGAGGGCCCUGAAGGAACUGUCCCCGAUAAGGACGCUCGGAGAGUUCUGAAGAAACUCAUUCGAAGUCUUUUGAAGCAAACUGGCAUUCAUCUCCUCAUGUACUGUGUACGGGGUGUGAGAGCGACGAAGGCGCUCUGUCGCAACUACGAUUUAAUAUACUCCGAAGUAAAGGAGAGAAUUCCAGUCGUUCUUGUCGCCACAAGCUUAGAAGACAAAGGGCCAGAAAUGGAACAAUGGUGGAGGGAUAACGAGCGAUCCAUCUCAGACUUCGGGAUGACCUUUGCUGGUCACGCAUGUAUCACCACAGCGACUAUCGACGAAUAUGCGGGGGAUGAGCUCAAGCGGCGCCACAAACAGUCAUACCGCGCCGUCUGUCAGCUUAUCGAACAGUAUCGCCUGUCGGAGAGGGUUCAGAUUCCACUGUCUGAUAUCGGCCGAUGGCUACUUAACACUAUCCAGCAGGUAUCAACAACGACUCCAAGGUACGAAAAGGCAUAAAGAUAUCUCACUUGCUGGGGGGACAGCGGCAAGCGCUAGCUCACUCAUUAGCCACAUCACAGAAGAGGAGGUAGCGUCGCCGGCUCCUGACUUACGAUGCUGUACAUUACAGUAUACAGCAACUAUUGACCUAUAUGAUG